AAUUGACACAUUUGGUAGGUGAAAAAGGACAAAUAGUACUCACGAUUAUAUUAAAAAAAAAAAAGACAAAGUUAAGCCAACACCAAAAGGGAUAAUUUUGGCCAGAAUCCCUUCAUACAUUAAAGAUCAUUUUCUCAACAAUCUAGUCUAAAAAAAGCAAAAGAAAAACUUCUGAAAAUUGCUUGAUAUUCUACCAAACACGACUCUCACAGUGUGCUGCUUAUCAGUGUUCACGGGAACUUCGCCUGUUGCUGCUGAAAAAGUAGGUUGAUGAAGAAGCAGCAGUGUGCUUCUCCAUCUUAUCAGUGUUUGCCGGGAGCUCGAUUCACAUAAAUUAGGUAUUUUCCUACCAUUUGCCCCAAUAUUAUUAAAUCCUUUCGGUAGCUAGGGCUUGAAAAUGAGAACAAUGGCUGAUUGGUCGGAGCUUAACCGUGAAUUGUUGGUUGUAAUUGUUAGACGAAUAAAGCUGAUUGAGAAUUACCUUAAUUUCCACACUGUUCGCAGAUUGUGGCACUCUGUGGCAACCAAGGAUAAUUUUAAUAGUAAUUUGCCAAGGGUUCCAUGGCUAAUGCUAGCUGAGGAAGAGGAUGAUAAAACAUAUGGAAAAUUCUUCAGUCUGAAUAAUGGCAUGAUUAUGAAGAAGAGUAUUCCGGGAGCCAGUGGAAAACGAUGUAUGGAGUCGAUGGGAUGGCUUAUCACAGUUGGAGAAGAGGGUGAAAUCAGUCUGUUGCAUCCAUUAUCCGGUGUUCAAAUCCAGUUGCCACAUCAGAAUAACACCGAACAUUAUAGACCCAACAAGACUUCAGAACGAUGAACAUCUAUCAGCUAAUCCUCUUCUCAUAUAUCUGACCCUGCGGUCAUGGUCAUUGAGGGACACUACCAGUUCCUCGGUUUUAGGA